AAUAGGACUUCCCCGAUGCGGAUGUUGCAGUGGGACGCGACCUCCCUCGCCGGCGCCCUCAAAUCCGCCGCCACUUGCCGUUCCACUCCCCAUGUCAAACCCCUGCACGCUGUCCUCCUCAAGCUCGGUCUGUCCGCGUCGGCCAUCCUAGCUACCUCACUCGCGCACCUGGCACUCCGGUGCGGGCUCCCUGGCUACGCCCGCGCUCUGUUCGACGAAAUGCCCAGACGGGACGUGGUCUCCUGGACGUCCCUCAUCACCGGCCACGCGCACCAGGGUCUGCACGGAGACUCUCUCGCUCUUCUGCGGCGCAUGGUGGACUCCGGUGUUGCUCCCAACGGGUACACGCUGUCCGGCGGGCUGCUCGCGUGUGCCGGGGUUGGCCAGGCCGCCCUUGCUACCGGCAAGGAAAUCCAUGCCAGGGUUGUCAAGAUGAGUGUGUAUGGCCCGGUCGAUUCAGUUGUGGAGAACGGGGUUCUUGACAUGUACGCGAGGUGCCGGAAUGUUGACUAUGCGAGGAGAGUGUUUGGGGUGAUGGUGGCGAGGGACGUUGUUGCAUGGAACUCGAUGAUGGCUGGGUAUCUUGGGAGUGGGCAAGCUGAGGAGACUCUGGGCUUGUUUGGGUCAAUGGUUUCUUGUGAGGCUGGCGCAGAUGGCUUCUCGUAUGCCAUCACUGUGGAUGCGUGUGGGGAGCUGGCGUUGUUAAAACAGGCGACGCAGGUGCAUGCACGGGUUAUUGGUACAGGAUUUGAGUCCGAUGUCGUUGUAAGGAACUCCUUGCUGGAUAUGUAUGCAAAGUGUGGAUGUGUUGAUUCAGCAGAGCUUGUCUUCAAUGCGGCACCUUCAUUAGAUGCUGUUUUGUGGACUACGAUGAUCUCAGCUUAUGGCAAGUUUGGCCGUGCACAAGAUGCGGUAUGCUUGUUUGAUAGGAUGGCAAGUUUGGGCAUCAGAAGAGAUGGAGUAGCAUAUCUUGCAGUGUUGUCAGCUUGUAGCCACGGCGGACUUGUUCGAGAAGGUUGGUGCUACUUCAAGUUUCUGUUCGAUGGCCAGAGCUCGGUUAAGCUGCAACCUGAGCACUAUGGUUGCAUGGCAGAUCUAAUUUGCAGGAGAGGUCACCUAGAAGAUGCUCUUGAAUUCAUUGAAAAUAUGCCGUUUGAGUCGAGCAUCGCUGCUUGGAGUGCGUUACUUAAUUCAUGUCGAAUCUAUGAGGAUGCUAAGUUGGGUCAGCUUGCGGCGUCCCGCCUGCUCGAGCUUGAUCCAGAAAACCACAGUAACUGGGUUGCUUUAUCAAGUAUACAUGCAUCGGAGGACGAUUGGCAUGAGACGUGGAUGAUCAGGGAGAACAUGAACAGAGAGUGGGUGAAGAAAGAGCCUGGAUGUAGUUGGGUUGAAUUGCAUGAUGGAGUUCAUGUCUUUCUAAUGGCUGACCAGUCUCACCCUGAAUUGGUUAAUGUACUGCAUACUCUUGAUUCUUUGAAGGAAGAUAUAUGGGUGAUUCCUUCAAAACCAUGGACAAUUUCUUGUGAUGCUCUCUGAUCAGAGCUACUUUAAAUGUUGUUGAAGAGUGGGCAUUGUCCUAGUUAGUUGUUUUCCUUAGAACUAGCGCUACUAAUGCUGUCAAUUAGACUGUGAGAUGAAAAUAUGUCCUUGGAAAUUUGGAAUUGCAGCAAGAGGAUAAGUAAGGUGAUACACUCCGGCGAUUUGCUUAUCUGUGUUUUGUAGAUUAUGCUACAUGUGACGGUUUUCAUGAUACUGCUUUCAAUCGACCAUGCAUAAGUCUUUUUUAUAAAUUGAAUUGUCGAUACAGAUGGAUAUAUUAUUCGUUUCAUAGAAAUAGCAAGAUUUCAUCAAUAAAAUAAGUAAGCUUCUUUGAUUCUAAAGGUAUUUCGGUGGAUUCUACUUUGGAUUAUCCCCCUAUAGCUCUUGUCUCAUUUAUAUAGAAUUAAAGUACAUAGAUUUCCUUUUUAUAUGGACAACUCUGCAUGCAAUUCCAAAGGAAAUUUUCUAUUGAGCCAAACCUCAUGGAAAAUUGCCUUUGUUUCGAUGAUGACUAUGACAAUGACGUAAUCAUUCAAGAAAGUUCAUGUAUUUUUCUUGUGGUGCAACCAAACAACUUCUAUUACAUAUUCAUGUGUUUUAACUCCUAUAGGAUUCGACAUCCCUUCCUAUUCUUGUGUGUUUUCAAAUGCUGCGAAUUAAAGAAGCCCUAAAUUUUAUUAAAACAAAAGUUAAGUAUUUGUUAGUGCUGUCGAAAAACUUGCAUCGAUGGCCUUAUAGGAUGUGAGUUGAUAAUCCUUAAUCUCAUUGGUCUUAUCUUUUUGUUCUUAUUGGUAAGUAUCUGCUUUAGUAUGUUGUUCGACUGUAUGGCUAUGGUUGUAUGACUGUAAGGGACUGAUCUCUGUUUUUCCUACUGCCUUUUGUUUGAAGGAAAAUCUGGUCAAGGAGAUGCUUCAAGAAGAUUGAAGUGAAGGUCCAGUUUUCAAGAUGGGCCAUGUGUUCUGCCUGCACAGUUCUUUUUCAAGAAGAUUGAAGUGCAGGUUUUGAGGGAGCACUGAUUUCAUCUAAUUUGGAUACUAGAUACACUUAGUAUUUGCCUGUGCCUGAACAUGUACGAUAAUCUAAAUAUCCGAUGCCAGUCGGUGUUGUUUCUCUUUAUAUUGCAAUGCAAUGUGGUAACUAUAGAUAAAUUUGUACUUGUUGAUACAGCACUAGACCGGCUUCUAUGGAAUUUGUCAUGAAAAUUUAUACCCUUUCACUUA